AUGCAGAACAGUGAGGAAGAAAAGUUGAUAGCGCGAAGAUUAAAGAUUACUGAUAAGAAAAAAGGUUUCAUAGAGUUACUGCAACAACUAAGCAUUUGUGAUUCAGUUUCUGAAAAGGAAUUUGAGGAUCGAUUUCAAGAACUUGAUUCACUUGGUGAUGAUCAUGUUAUUUGUGUUAUCGAGGAUGAGAUUUCUGGAAAGAUUAUUGCAACGGGGAGUGUGUUUAUUGAGAAGAAAUUUUUGAGAAAUUGUGGUAAAGUUGGACAUAUUGAAGAUGUUGUUGUUGAUUCAAGUGCUCGUGGGAAGCAAUUAGGGAAGAAAGUCAUUAAUUUUCUUACUGAUCAUGCUCGUUCUGUUGGGUGUUAUAAGGUUAUUCUUGAUUGUAGUGUUGAGAAUAGGGCUUUUUAUGAGAAAUGUGGUUUUAAGCCGAAAGAAAUUCAGAUGGCUAUGUAUUUUGUUUGAUUAAAGGCGUGUUGAUGUCGAACACUGACACAUGUGAUAACAUUGGUUC